CAGGGAAAUCGCAGGCAGAUUGCCGAGUAGAUUUACAUCAUCAUCAGCACAGACAUGAUUUAUGACAAAUAGUGAAAACAUAAUCAUAAACAAUUAUGACCGUCAUCGACGCUCUUGCUCAAAGUCAAACAACCACAAGUGGUAAGCUUCAUACCUGAGCCUGAGCUGCGUAAGCUUUCCGGUCUGCACCAAAUAGCGAGAUGUCGGCGCCCGACGUCUCUAUCUUAUAUGAGGCCUCGCCCCCCUCUGCGACAAGCUGGCUCAUCCCGGAUUCGACUGCUCGACUUCUGAGCUACAUUUUUACUGCAUUGUUGGUCUUGAUCGUCAUCCUCCGAAGAUACGCCCAGAUCAAAGUUACAGAGGGCAUCGAGAUUCCAGAAGUGUCGCCAGAGAGAGUUGAAGCUAUUGUCAGGGAUCUAGAGUCCUGGAAAAAGUGGGCGCCUUGGUUGAAGAUAGAUCCGAAUGCGAAAGUGGAAAUAGUGAAAGAGAGGACCGUUGGUGGAGGUGGUGCAGCUGGGAGAGGACUCUUUGACUUUCCGUUUCUUGGAGGCACUUCUUCCACGAAAGACGCUGUUUCCACAGAGGACAUCAUCGAGCUGAGGUGGAAUUGUCCUCAAGUAGAUGUGAGUGGCCGCGGAGGCGGGCAAGAACCACAACCACACUCACUGGCGCGUUACCGCAGUGGCGCAGGCACUGUGAGAGAGACGAUCGCAGUGUGCAAAGACGGUGAACCCCGUUCAGUGGAGUUUGCAGUCCAGAUUCUGGCACCAAUGCGGGUUCAGUGGACUUAUAGAUUUGCUUUCAUUCCUAAAGCGAGCGACGACGACACCAUAACUACCAUUAAGGGUAGGUUAAAGGCGCUUUUGUUACCGUUUGUUAUGGCUCUCCUAAGGGGACAGCCAUAUUAACAAGCGGGAUAAAGGAACACCAAAAAGCUACCUCUAAUACCCGAGUUCUAUGGGAAGUCUCUGGUUCCUUACCCUUCUAUCUCGGUUUCCUUUGCGCGGUUUUCUCCAGUGUCCUGAAAAUGGACCUAGGCAGAGGCUUGAAAAUGCUCAAAGAUUUGGCGCAAACAGGGGAGAUACCUUCGAAAAUACUCGAUCCACCGGUCUAUGGGCCCUACAACAAUGGCACCAGUCGUCUGCUUGUAGGUUUACUGGUCGACUGCACGAUGGAGCAGGUUGGUAAGGCGAUAUCAGACUCCCUUCUGUUUGUGGAACAGGGGAUCGUGGAUGAGAUUGCUGGAGUGCUAAGGAUGGAGGACAUUGGUGCAGCCUCUGGAGGUCGUGAUAUCAACGAAUCUGGAGGUCGUGAUAUCAACGAUGAAGAUUAAGGCUUGGGAGUUGACCUAUCAUCUCAUCUAAGAGCGUCUCUAGUAUGUCUUCUUCAAGUAGGAAAGCCACAGAUAUGCGAGCUAGAGAUCAUGCCAACUCUCAACCCCUAAGAAGAGGAUUACUACAUCUGUCCGGCUGAGGAAGACGAGCAAGCAGCUGUCGACUCUUCUCGAGAAGGAACGUGGUACCGUCCAGGAGGCAUGCAGAAUAAGCGCAUGACCAAGUAUCGUCGUGACGCUGAGAAGAUAUUUCGGGAGAUAGCAGCUUUCGAAGAGGAUAUUAAAGGCGAACAAGCAUCUUCAUCUCCAUUCAGUAGUAAAAAAUCGAAGUAUGUGUCGAUCUAUGAGAAGCAUGAGCUGGUUUCAGGACGUCUAAGAAUAUACGUGGGAAUCGUCGUGGGAGAGCUGAGGCAAGACUACGAAGAUUGUAGUGGAGCAGGUGGUCUUCGUGUACUAGACGGGAAUCAAAUUGCAGAUGGCAUCGAUCAGAGCAAAACGCGUCAUGCUCAGCUCGUACAAAAGGUUGUACGACGUAUCUCAGAAAAGAUCAAGUUGCAGAGUAGAAGUUCUCCAUCAAGCACAGUGGUCUCAAAGAAAACCGACUCCCCCAAGAAGGUUCCAGACCAACUAGCUCUUCGCCACAUCCCUGCCCACCCCCAUUGCAUGCACCUGACGCAUCUAGGACCGUACCGUCAUCUGGGCAAUGCCUGGAGCCAAGGACACGCAAUGGCCAGGAACGCGGAAAUCGCGGUACACAGGAAACAUCCCUGCUUUGAGGAGUAUCACACAGAUCCGCGGGAUAAUCCGAAAGAAGAAGACGUGAAAACUGUUUUGUAUUUCCCAUUGAUGAAGAGUCCACGUGGAAGUCGUGCGAGGCCCACGUCGUGA